UGCUUUUGACAGGAAAAGGAAGCAAAGAAAGAAGGUUUCAGGAAGUAUCUGGAGGCCAGUGGAGUUCUUGAUGCUCUAACCAAAGUCCUUGUUGCACUAUACGAGCAGAAUGACAAACCUUCUUCAGCUCUUGAAUUUGUCCAGCAAAAGUUAGGCGGUCCAUCACUGUCUGAAUAUGAAAAGCUACAAACCGAGUUAUCAGAUCUGCAAAUCAAGUAUAAUGAACUUAUAAAAGAAAACCAAGAAAGAUGCAGAGAGUUGGAGGAAUUGAAACACACACAAGUAGAAGCAUCAGCUAAUAAGGAGUUUGAUGUAGGAAAUACUCAUGAUGAAGAACUCAAUACAGAUGUAGUAAAGUGUUAAAAAUGCCUUAAAGACUUCAAUUCUUUUGAAUACUGAAGCUGUUGUAAUCUCAU